AUGCCUGCGAACGUGUUCCACAUUGUUCCGCUGUGGUGGCUCCGUGGGUUUGUGUCGGCCAUAAUGAGAACACUGAGAGGAGCCAAAGCGUCAAAAGGUGCAGACGGAGCAGAGCUGACCCCUGCCACGUCCCGGCUUCAAAGACACCAGGACCACAGACGCUCCUACUGUGAGGCAGAGUUAUGGCUGCGUCGUUCUGGAGACCCUCACUGUCCUCAGACCCUCACUGUCCUCAGACCCUCACUGUCCUCAGACCCUCACUGUCCUCAGACCCUCACUGUCCUCAGACCCUCACUGUCCUUAGACCCUCACUGUCCUCAGACCCUCACUGUCCUCAGACCCUCACUGUCCUUAGACCCUCACUGUCCUCAGACCCUCACUGUCCUUAGACCCUCACUGUCCUCAGACCCUCACUGUCCUUAG